AUGUUUCAUCCUCGAGCAUGGCUUCUUCUGAUGAUGGUAACAUCGCCAAUAUAUUCGGACAUGAUGCAUUGUCCAACCUUGCCUGCAACAAGGACGUGUACAUGCCAGGUGAAAACUCGUGGGCUAGACUUGAGCUGCGAUAUGGCGUCCAGAGAAGAUUUAAUGAAAUCAGUGAAUGCUGUGGCAGAAACGAAGAAAAUUGUUUGGUACUUAAAAUUCCGUAAUGUGCAGUUAAAUAAUGUACCGCAUAACUUCUUGGGAGAUCUUCAUGUCAUUCAUUUUAUCGCUUUAAAUUGUAACAUAUCAACCAUUGAAGAUAACGCGUUUAUUGGGUUAUCUGACGACCUUGAGUCGUUAGAUUUAGGACAAAAUAAACUGGAACGUGUUCCUACCGCAGCCCUAGAGAAUCUUCAAAACCUUGCUUCUUUGAACCUUAACUACAACAGAAUUGAAAUAUUGCACGCGGAAGCCUUCCGUGGUCUUAUUUCUUUACUAAGACUAUCACUGUUUGGAAAUCGUAUCAAAUUCAUAGACAAUUUAGCCUUUGAAGGAAUUGGAGGGAAUUUAACGCAAGUAAACUUUGGAGACAAUCGUCUGGCUUCAGUGCCUUCCAGGCCUCUGAAAAACUUGACAGUGCUACAGAGGCUGCAUGUACAUGAGAAUAAAAUAUCGUCUAUUAUUGCUGAAGAGUUCCAAGGAAUGGGUGAGAAUCUUGAUGUUUUAGAGCUUUCGAAUAACCAAUUGGAAGAGCUUCCAGAAAGAGCAUUCUCGAACCUCAGACUGCUGAACUCCUUAGACUUAGAAAACAACAAGAUCCAUUUCAUACAUCCACGUGCUUUUGAAGGAAUUGAAAAUUCACUAGAGUGGUUAAAACUUGGUGGAAAUGAACUUGACACUGUUCCUUCAACGGCUCUUCGAAGAUUAGAAAAACUCAGGCAGCUUGAUCUGAGACAGAAUCGAAUUACCAAAGUAAAUGAAGAUGAUUUUAAGAGUUAUGGAAGGAACUUGAAAUUCAUAUAUUUGCAGAAAAAUCAGUUGCACACCAUUGAGGUGAAUGCCUUCGCUGUUUUGGAUUCUUUAGAAUGGCUUUAUCUGCAGUCUAAUCAGCUGAAACUUGCACCUUAUGAAACAUUUAGAUCCGUUCUGGACACUCUACAAAUCAUGGACCUUCAUGAAAAUCCGUUUCAUUGCGACUGCCGACUGGCCUGGUUCCGGGACUGGAUGAAAGAUAAGAAGUCUACAGCAGUCAAUAUGCCGCGGGAAACUCGCUGCAAUUCACCUCCAGAGUUGCGAGGGAAAUCCAUAUCCUAUAUCACUAGCGAGGAUCUGGGAUGCAUUUCCAGUGGAAGUAUUUCCUACUUGAACGCAAUAUGCAUUCUCCUCCUUGGUCUCAUCCACCUGAUAACAAAGCUCUCCACGUGA